AUGGCAGCUGCCCCGCUAGACAGCUCUAGCACCCCGCCUGACUCUACUCUAUCCACCGAUUCGACGCGUCCACACGGCGAUCCCAUGGAAGAUCUCGAUCCCCAAUCUACCCGGAAACGUCCGCGUCUCGACAGUGGAAGCGGUGUGGUUGAGUCGUUGUCGAUAGACGAGGCUGCCAUUUCUCGAAUGUCCGAGCCGACGCCGGCUGUUCCUGCCGCGUCCGGGACGACAGAUCACGACGUCCCUGCGUCGACCGGCCCCGCCAGCAGAGUGACAAUCAAUGUGAAAUCUCCCACCUCCGAUACCAUGGCGACUGACUGCCUAGACACUACUGCCGAGCAGCCUGGUGCUGCCCAAGCCGCUAAUUCCCCCAAAGUCGUCUCGAUAUCGUCGACGCCUGCACAGAGUCCGGAGAUUGAGGUGGCCGACUUGGAAGACAUGGAUCAGGACCCCAACACUUCGACGUGGAGAACGCUCGGGGAAGCCUUGCGGGAUCCUGUUACACCAGAGGUAGUGCAGCUCCAAGGACAGCCGCCUUUGAGUGAGACCUUUCCCAAGCUUCGAGAGGCCGAUGACCUACGGGAGAACUUGGAGGGGAUCAGCCUAAUCAUCGAGAAAGGAAGUCAACACGAUGUCGGUGUCUUCUUGGCCGUGAAGAACUGGUUCGAUGAGAUUGCACAGAGCUUGGAUCAAUUUUCUGAUGAAACUUUCGUGGAUGACCGAAUAUUCUGGGAAGAUUUACCCAUGCUGGUGGAAUCGUUGCUUCGCAGAGGGCAGCCUCUGGAACCUGACGAUGGCCAAGGAAUCUGGUCUUGCUUGGAGGAAUUCUUUAUCAACUUUGCUUUGCUUGGCUUUCGCCUGAUGCGCUUGGAUAUACUGACCUUGAAGCAACUGGCUGAGAAUACAGAUAUGCAGGCCUUGGAUCUUAUGUCAAGGACAUACUUGCCAGCGUUGGGCUGGAUAUUACAGUUACACAGCAUUCCCUUCUAUCGCGCCAUGGAACGCGCCCACGGUUCCGAGAUCGUUGACCUUGUCGUUCAGCUCAAUAUUCGAAUUGCGUUCCUUCCAAUUGGUACGAUCCACCUGCUAUCUGAGUAUGCUGCUUGCCUCCUAGCUCUUGUCUCUAGACCCCAAUGGUCGCAGCUCUCUUCUUCCUUGGUGCACUCCAUCAGCAUCGUGCAAAACAUCAUGGACUCUGGGAUCGAACAGUGGAAGAUCCGCGAGGAGGAAAGUACCGCCGAAUCCGCGUCUUUCCCUCUGUUUCUGAAACAUGUCUAUCAGUUCGCCCGGGACAUUGAUGGAAAGUAUCAGGUUCACAUCGCUAAGAAGUUACCCUGGGUCACAAGCGACACGAGUGAGUCGAUCCUCCGCUGCAUCUCGAGUAUCUAUCUUGCCAUCAGCCGCGAUUCGAGUUUCACAUCGCAGGUCGCCAAAGACCUCUCGAUCGAGCUCCCUGAGCAUAUCUCCCAAGAUGAGCGUGCCUGGAUCAUUUAUUACGCUUGGAGGUUUGCCGUGCUGAAGAAGCACAUCAAGGAUGGCCGCAUGGAGUUGAGGGUUCAUGGCAUAGAGACCAUGCAAGCAGAUCUCGUCAACGUAUGGCGGCAAUAUAUCCAAAACAAUCCCACAGGAACUGAGCACCCGCUUGUCCGAUUUCUCGUCGGCUUCCUGAGGGAGAAUAAGAUUGUCGAUUACAUUGUCGGCGUCGAUUCACAUCCUCAGCUCAUUAGUAGAAGUGGAAAUGUCGUCGGCUUCCUGAUAGUUACCUCUACUUACGGUGACAUAGACACGGAUACGAUCUGGAAGACGGUGACACAGUCACAAGAUCCCCGGACGGUAUCCGAAGUACUCGGGAUGCUUACCAGGACAUUCCACAUGCAUUCAGCUUUGUCCCCAGCAUUACUCUACCUGUGCUCCAAGCUUCUUGAGCUACCUCUGGCUCAGUUUGACGCACGGAUGGUGGAGUUCUGUGAGCAACUUCUCUACCAGGUCCGUGAAAAACAGGGCGAGAGGAAUCGGCAUGACUUGCCGGACGCGUCACAUGUGGAUGCUGUUCCUCUGCGUUUGUGCGUGCGCCUCAUUCGCGAGAGUGCUGCAUUUGAAGAGUUCUCGGUGGAGCACAAGGCUUUCUUGCAGAGAUUUGCGAGCUCUCAAUUGAGCUCGUUGAUAAGUGUCGGGCUGAGUGAAAGUGAUAAGAUGGAGACGUACGAACGCUGCAUUCAGGAUAUUGCUGAAAUGAACCAAUUUACUGUCGGCAGCAUUCAGGCUUUGAACGCUCUCCUCCCAGGGUACGAUACGCAGGAAAUACGGAAGCUUGCCACGGAUUUUGAUCUUACGGCCCUGGUCAUUGCCGAAAUGGUUCACACGGUCGACAUGAAGCAGACGGACUUUGCCGACUCCUUUUCGAAAAACGCAUUCAUAUCCAGAAUUCAGCUGCUUGCCCGCAUUAUUGACAAAGUCCCUGAUUCUAUCACAGCGGACCUGGCUGAUGUCCUUUGGAGAAAGGUGCUCGUGUCGCAAACACUGGUGGAACAAGGCCGACGGGCUGUGUGGGACAUGUUGUGCGAACUCGUGAGACGCAGCCCAAAACGCAAUCCAUUCGUUGAACGGUGUAUCCAAGAAUACCUUCCAGAAUUGUCUCCUAAUGACUAUUCUCCCGAAUUGCUCGCGUUCGCAAAACAAGCGGUCAAUUACGAGGUCCGUUUCAACCCGCCGCCGAUCGCUAAAGAGAAUGAGGUCGUCUCAAUUCCCGGACUGGACCGUAUCUGGAAUUUCAUUCUGACCGCUCCGCCGGGCUCAAUCGAAACAGACGCCACAAAUUUUGCGAUCGAGGUCUACCUUGAUCACGGCGUGAUCAACCGCUCUCCGCGAUCGGCCGUUGAGGCAACUCAUAUUGCUUUGGUGGAUCGUUGUGUUGAACAACUCAAGUCAGCCGCGGCUCAGUUGAAGUCAUCCAUUGGCGACACUGUCGAUGGUACGGACGAGUCAAUGCUAGGCGACCUCAGCGGAGGUGAAAGUCGAGCCGACGCAAUACGGUUCAGUCGUUCGCUGCUCUUUCUUCGCCAGUUCCUCCAGGGGCUACGGACUCGGCCCCAAUAUAGUCCGCCGCAAAAUUCACCACCCGGCUUGCCUGAUCAUCCGGUGAAGGGCGAGCUGGUCGAAAUUCGGUAUCAAACAUUCAACGGAAGUGCUCAAAGUAAAUUUCGAUCGUUACGAAUUGGAGAUCUUGCUACAGCGACUGAGUUGGUUGAGAAACUCGUACAGCUAACGGGGUUUUCGAAGUUUAGUACCAUUACAGGUGGCCGACGACUGGAUCUUCUGGAGAAACCUGAUCUCACAAUACGUGAGCUGAAGAUCGGGUCCGGGCUGCUACUCAUCCGGAAGAAUGCUGACAGCCGCGAGGUGGUCUCGACUGGUAGACGUCCGUCACUAACCUCGGUGGAUUCUGAGGUGCUCAAACAUUUUGACGACCUUUACGACCUUCUCAAUCUUCAGGACCACCUGGCUCGAGAGUCGGCGCCAGAUCACGCAUUUGUUUCUCACAGCAUCCGUGUCGUUGUUGCUGCCCUGACACGCCCAGAGACGCCUGAAUCGCUGCCAGAGUCUCCGACGAAAGUUCAAAUCGCCGCCAGCCUUGUUGAAUGCCUUCUUCACGCUUUGAUGGUGAAACCACCUGCAGCCGCCGACUCUCUGACAAUCACAAAUUCCGCUCAGCUGGUGCAACAGUUGCAAAAAUUAAUAGAAAUCGGACGAGGAAUGCCCUCAACUUGCCUGUUGGGGGCCCGCGUUCAGAGAUUAGUUUGCAACUGCUUUGCAGUCCUCACUGAGGGUUCCUUGCGCGAUCACGAGUUCUGGGAAGUUAUCAAGCAACACGCACAGUUAGACCGCCUCCUUGUAUCCCUCCUCUUGGAUGAGAGUCGACAGCCUAUUCGCAGAGAGAUAAUUGAACAUAUUGCCGUCGCCUGCAGCCCGUCCAAGCUGGUCAGGAAACCAACAAAAGCGGUCGAUGGCGAAAUGCAGGAUGCAUCGGACACAAUGGCUUCUGAAAACCCGGUCAGAGUUGAUAUGUUGGCAACAAUCUGGGAUGCUUUUGUGCAGAUCAUGCCGCAGACUCUGGAGCAUGCUGAACAGUCCCAGGAAUUUUUCGAAAUUGCUCACCUGGUGUUUCAAUCGGUCGCGGAGCAAUCGCCUAAGGACCUCAUAUAUGGCGAAUACCUCAAGCAGUGGAGCAGCGUCAUGCUAGGUCAUAAAACACAAGAGUUCGUUGGACGUGAGCCCGUGGAUCACCUGAUUCUGGGAUUCUGUCGUCUUUUGAGGUCGUGCCUGGAUUUAGCUGAUUCGAGCAAUACUGGGUUAGACGCCUUCGACCUUGCUGAGAAACUCUUUGACAAUUAUCUUUUCCCCAAUUUAUCUGAGGAAUCGGACAGCCUCAUCGUCCCGCAGAUUCCAGUUAUGCACACUCAGACCCGCCAAGAGCUCUAUGGCAUCCUAAGUUUAUUGUGCAAAUAUACUGAGGAUUACUGCACAGUGGUCGACAGUGUCAAAGAAUUGAUCCCUAGAGAUUAUACAUACUUGUCCAGCUGGUGUUUUGAUCGGCACAAGAUGAUUCGCUCUCCCGAAGGUUAUGCGGGACUCAAGAAUCUUUCCAACACUUGCUAUUUGAACUCUCUUCUAACCCAACUGUUCAUGAACGUCCAGUUCCGCGAUUUCAUGCUGCGACUCCGCCUUUCGGAUCCAGAUGCUUCCCAGAGGUUACUUGCUGAAACGAAGAAGAUCUUUGCUUACAUGCAAGAAACGUGGCUCAGGAGUGUUGAUCCUCAAGGACUGGUAGAUACCAUUCGAACUUACGACAACGAACCAAUCGAUGUAACGGUUCAAAUGGACGUUGAUGAAUUCUAUAACCUGCUGUUUGACAGAUGGGAGGCGCAGAUCUCGGGCUCCGAGGACAAGAGGAAGUUUCGAUCUUUUUACGGCGGCCAGCUGGUCCAGCAAAUUAAGUCCAAGGAAUGCCCUCACAUCUCUGAGCGUCUAGAGCCUUUCUCUGCCAUCCAGUGCGAUAUUAAGGGCAAAGUAAGUCUCGAGGAGAGUCUACAAGCCUAUGUCGAAGGGGAGAUCAUGCAAGGAGAUAACAAAUACUCCUGCACAUCCUGUGGGCGGCAUGUCGAUGCCGUUAAGAGGGCCUGCUUGAAGGAAGUGCCAGACAACCUGAUUUUCCAUCUUAAGCGCUUCGACUUUGACAUGAUCACAAUGAUGCGAAGCAAAAUCAAUGAUGAAUUCCGCUUUCCUGAGCACAUUGAUAUGAGCCCAUUCAAAGUCGAAUAUCUUUCUGACCAGACCUCGAAUGUUCAAGAGGACGUCUUCAAACUCGUCGGGGUCCUGGUUCAUAGCGGAACAGCCGAGUCAGGGCACUACUACUCAUACAUUCGGGAGAGACCCAGUGCUGGAGGAAGAGGUUCUUGGGUGGAGUUCAAUGAUUCAGACGUAAGCAGGUUCGAUCCAUCCAAGAUUGCAGAUCAGUGUUUUGGUGGUUACAACGACUCGGUUCAAUCCGCCGCCAUGAACCAAGUGCGAUUCAACAAGGUCUGGAACGCUUACAUGCUCUUCUACCAACGCAUCUCGAGUAUGGAGUCGGAAAAAAUGCUGUACAAGCCAUCCAAGGCCGACCAUCCAGUGCAGGUGUCAUUACCGAUUCCGCUGGCGAACCACAUUGCCAUGGAGAACGAGGUCUUCAUACGAACAUACUGUCUUAUGGACCCUUAUCAUGCCUUGUUUGUCCGACAUCUCCUCUCCCGACUUCAUGAUACGGAGGUCACGAACAAGCGACCCAACCUGGAUCAGGAUGUGGUCUUCAUCGCAUUAGAUACCCUAGAGCAACUGAUCGCGAGAACAAGGGAGCCUCUGGGUCUCGAUGUCCUCGUUUCGGAGCUCAUGAGAGUGAUCAAUGAGUUGCCAAAGGGAGCUCACAGAGUACUUGAGUGGGUGGUGGAGCGAUCAGCAGGUAUUCGCAAUCUGGUACUGAGAAGUCCUCAUGCGUCUGUCCGGGAUAGUACGAUCAAAAUCAUUAUGCGCGCGCUCGAAAGGCUUCAAGAGCUCCGUGACGAGAUACGCCUUGAUGACCGUGCGAAAGAGAAAUGGCACAUGCGGUACCUUGAUGGGUUCGAGAACGUCGUUGCCACUCUGGAUGGGCUAUGGCCCGUUCUCCAUACCACAAGCCGUUCAUGGGACGAUUACUUCACAUUUCUUCUGUCUCUUGCGAACCUGGGAAGCUAUGAGACUGAGACAAUCUUGAACAGCGGGUUUCUACUCAGAUGCCUGGAAGUUGUGUGGCUCGAUCGAGAAGACUCAAAAAGGUUGAAGCGUCAAUAUCUGUCUUACAUCAAGCUCCUCGAAAAGGGUAGGAAAUUCUCGCACAGGAGACUCAUGGAUCUUUUGGCAUUUCUGUUGACAAAAAUUGAUCUCACCGUGGCCCCAACUUCGGACGAUGAGCGACGCUCUUUACCGAAUGGCAAGUUUUCACUUACGGUCACAGAAAAUGUGUUCGUUCGUUCUCUCGGGAGGGAUCGCGAGCUAUCACUUUUGAGGAGAAUCCUUCAACCAAAUCAUAAUCCUCACGCGUCUAUGACUAUUGUCGGUCUUUUGCUGGACUCGGAACCCGAAGCCGGUCUGAUGGAACCGCUAUGCAAGGUCUUGGAAGAUGGACUCAGGGUUGAACCCGCUGAGCUCUGUGCGCCGUAUCUAGAGGCGACUCUGGUUCUUUGCCAAAGGAGCCCUGAUGAGGACCGAAUCAUUGCAUUCAUUGAUUUUGUUGCCAAGGGCAUUGAGUCAAUUAACGAUAGUGGCGGUAGAGAGCAUCUUGCAUUCUUUACGAGCUUGCUGACAAGCCGAAACGACCGCCUCGGCCUAGAGAAAAAUUGGUUUUUAACGCAGCUUGUGGAAAAAAUACCUGACUGGGCUCCCACUCUACUCAUCUUUCCUGACAAGACGGUCAGGAACACCACUUUGGCGCUCUUACACCAGAUACUCUUCAGCGCAGAAGCAGAAGACAUGGGUCCUGAUUGGCAGUCACGUCAUGCCGAUAUUGCCAAGGAGCUUGUGCGCAACAGUGUCGAGAAGCUGAGAAAGACUUUCUUGACUGGGCCUGCCAACAACGUGGAAGCAAGGGUGGUCGAGAGCGUCAAAGCCGUCGUAGAUCAUUGUUUGGCCACGUACUUUGAUGACAGCGAAGAGGACCAAGAGUUUGUCCGUCAGGCGCAAGCGGUUAGCGCAGCCAUCGAUGAGCUAUCUGUGAAUAUGCCAGAAGAACUGGCUUCCGUGUCUGAUUUACCAUCUCCAGAUGAAUGGGAAGACAAUUCCAUGCUGCCGAGCGAUUCGGAGAUGGGAAUGGCAGGUUCCCCAUGA